UCCCCGGCGGCUCUGCAGGAGGACGCCGGGCGCUGGAGGCAGAGCUGAGCGGAGCGAGCGCCGCGCACCCCGCCGUGCCCCAGUACCCGUCCUGCCCGCCUCACAAGCAGCGCAGCCUCUCGCCGAUUGUAUGGUCCAGGCCUCGAUGAAGAGCCCAAACAUGGAGACGUUCAAGCAGCAGAAGGUGGAGGAUUUUUAUGACAUUGGAGAGGAGCUGGGGAGCGGCCAGUUUGCCAUCGUGAAGAAGUGCCGGGAGAAGAGCACAGGGCUGGAGUAUGCGGCCAAGUUCAUCAAGAAGAGGCAGAGCCGGGCCAGCCGUCGGGGCGUGUGCCGGGAGGAAAUCGAGAGGGAGGUGAGCAUCCUGCGGCAGGUGCUGCACCCCAACAUCAUCACGCUGCACGACGUCUAUGAGAACCGCACCGACGUGGUGCUCAUCCUCGAGCUAGUGUCUGGCGGAGAACUGUUCGAUUUCCUGGCCCAGAAGGAGUCGUUGAGUGAGGAGGAGGCCACCAGCUUCAUUAAGCAGAUCCUGGACGGGGUGAACUACCUUCACACAAAGAAAAUUGCCCACUUUGAUCUCAAGCCAGAAAACAUUAUGUUGUUAGACAAGACAAUCCCCAUUCCACACAUCAAACUGAUUGACUUUGGCUUGGCUCAUGAAAUAGAAGAUGGAGUUGAAUUUAAAAACAUUUUCGGGACACCGGAAUUUGUCGCUCCAGAAAUCGUGAACUAUGAGCCCCUGGGACUGGAGGCCGACAUGUGGAGCAUCGGCGUCAUCACCUACAUCCUACUAAGUGGAGCAUCCCCCUUCCUGGGAGACACGAAGCAAGAAACACUGGCAAACAUCACAGCUGUGAGUUAUGACUUUGAUGAGGAAUUCUUCAGCCAGACAAGUGAACUGGCCAAGGACUUCAUUCGGAAGCUUCUUGUGAAGGAGACACGGAAACGGCUUACCAUCCAAGAGGCUCUCAGACAUCCCUGGAUCAUGUCAAAAGGAGAAGCCAGAGCCCCUGAACAGUGGAAGACACAACCUGCCCAGCUGAAGACCAAACGCCUGAGAGAGUAUACCCUCAAAUGCCACUCAAGCAUGCCCCCCAACAACACUUAUGUCAACUUUGAGCGCUUUGCCCAUGUGGUAGAGGAUGUGGCCCAGGUGGACAAGGGAUGCCUGGCCCUAGCAGGAGCCCAUGAUACCCUGCAGGAUGAUGUGGAGGCCUUGCUCGCUAUCUACAAUGAGAAGGAUGCUUGGUACCGGGAGGAGAAUGAGAAUGCCCGCCAUAACCUGUCCCAGCUCAAGUAUGAGUUCCGCAAGGUGAAGUCCCUGAAGAAGCUCCUGAGAGAAGACAUCCGGACCACGGGGGCCGGCCUUGGAGGUGUAGCCAGGAAGCUGGACCAUCUGCAGGUGCAGUUUGAGGCUUUGAGGCAGCAGCUCUCAGCAGACAUCCAGUGGAUGCAGGAGCUGGUGGGCAGUUUUGAGCUGGAGAGUGGGAACACAGAUGGCUUCAGUCUGGGCUCCAUGUUCCACCAGAACACCAGUGAGUCCCUAUCGGAGCUGCUCAACAGACCACACGUGGAGGAAAUCCUGGCCGGCUUGAAGCUCUGAGCACGAGUCUAGUCAUAGUGCAUUCCCAGUGCUUUGCAGAAGCAUGCUGUCUUCCACUCUACUGGGGUACCCCACCGGAUUUAUCCCGCAGAGUGUGUGUCUUCAGCCCUUCUACUCCCUCUAGAGCUCCCCAGCCACUAGGGUGCUAGUUAGUGGCUUACUUUGCACCCCCCUCACCAGCCUGACUUUCUGAGAGGGUUCUGACAAAGCAGCUGAGCCGUGGAAAUAAUUAGAAAAUGUAUCCCCUCAGCGUGCUCUUCUCUGGGGGCUAUCUGCCGGGCCCCAGGAGAUUCUUGAUAACUGAGCAACGAGGAUUGAUUGACACACCUCUCAUGUUCCGUCUGCAUGCCUUGGUGCAGAUCUUGGCUAAUGAUCAACAUAACUCAGAAUAACUUAGCUGGCAGGGUGCUUUCCGGUUACAAAGUUGGGGUUUUAAAAUAUAGAGAGAAAAUACUAACUUUCUUUUAAAUUGUCUUCUUACUCAUCAAGUCUUGAUGUCUGUGACCUUAUUGGAUCCUUAAAGAACUCUAUGAGAUAAGAGGCUGGAAUAUAGCUCAGGUUUUAGAGGGUUCGCCUAGCAUCCACAGAGCUCUGGGUUAGAUCCCCAGCACAGCAUAGACUGAGCUUGGUAGUACACACCUCUAUCUGGUACUUAAGAGGAGGAGUCAAAAGAAUUGGGAGUUCAGAGUUAUCUCUGGCUACGCAUUGCUUUUGAGUUAAAGGCCAGCCUGGGCUCUAUGGGCCCCUGUCUCGAGGUGGGGAGGGGCUCUGUGAGCUCUGUGAGAAGGUGAAUGACAGUGUUAUUACUAUUCAUUUCUGUCACCAGUGAAGAAAUUGACUCAGAGAAGAGGAAUGAGUUAGGAUCAUUCAUAGUCUGUUGGAAACUCAGGGUGCCCGUGUUUGAGGUGAGGUAUGGAGAAAGUCUAGUGAAGCUUAGCAGUAAUGUCCACCAUAAUACUAAAGUUCUGAUCCCAGAGGCUAAGGGUUCAACUUUGCAUUGAGAAUGAAGACAGGAGGCUCACAAGGAAGUGGUUACUCACAUUCUAGGCCAGUGGGCCUGAAGUCUGGAAACCCAGAGAGCUUUGGGAAGCACAGUGCUCACUGGGCUCUUCUAGCUUCAAAACUUUGAGCAUCAUGAGGUUUGUGUGAUGUCACCUCCCUUCCCUAGGAGGAAGGCCCAUCAAUACUUUCAUGCAGACAGCACAUAGACCCUGGACCCUGGACCCCACGUGGUGCUAGGAGUUUGGGAUUGGGGGCAAACUGUAUUGUUUCAAAUACCUCCACAGCCUCACAGAACACCCAUCAUAAUUGUAUUAAAUAUUAUCUCAGGUUAGUGAGAAACAAAGAAAGAAUGUGACUUGUCCCGGGUCACCACGUUAGUGAUAAAAGUGGGAGCCUUCUGAUGAGUCUGUAGCUCUUUCUGAUUCUCUUAACCGCUUGGAUUCUAGGAACUUAUGCUCUGCUUGAGAAGUGGGUGUUACCCAAGUUCAUCGAUCCAUUCAGACAUAGUUAGCAGGCACCUGCCAGUUUCCAAAUAAUUGACUUGAAUCUGGGGACGUGGUGUUAAGUAAUAUCAAACUGAUUUUCUACUUCCUCAGAGUUCUCAGUUGAGUGAUAGAUUCUAGCAUUAAUCAAGAAUUAUAUAACUGCAAAACUCAACUGGUUCCUAUGCUAUGAAAGAGAAGGCAUCUCUGCAAGCCCUACAGUAUGUGAGAGAG